AACAGUUUUGCCAUUUAGGGACAUGUACACUGAUCAUCAGGGCACUGAUGAUCAGUGUAGCCCCAUCAGUACCACCUGUCAGUGUCCAUCAAUGCCACAUGCCAGUACCCAUCAGUGCCACAUCAUUGCCACAUAUCAUUGCCUACCAGUGCACAUCAAUGCCACAUAUCAGUGCCCAUCUGAGCUGCCUUUCAGUGCCACUUAUCAGUGCCUGUCAGUGAUGCCUGUCAGUGCCAGUCAGUGCCGCCUAUCAAUGCCAUAUAUGAGUGCUGCC